AUGUCGCCCGACACUGAAAAGCCCGCGACGCCCACCUUUGCCCGCCUUCAGGAGCAGGUCGCCGCCGAAAAGGCCCUCUCUGGCAAGGCGGAUGAGAAGCGCGAGUUGCACGGCGACGGAGAGUACGUCGAGCCUGGCGCGACCAACGCGGUGUCGAAGGCGCAGGCGCUCGACAACCCGCUCUCGGGAAUUUCGCUCGACCGUCUCGAGGAGAUGGGUCGCGCCUUCGCCCGCGAGAAGGGUCUCGGCGAAUACGAGGUGGAGUUCGCUCGCGGUGCGCAGGCAGCGCAGGACCCGCUCGCCUUCGAGUCUCUCCCGCUCCUCAGCGACGAGGACAAGGAGGUCUUGCGCCGCGAGACAACGCACAGGUGGUCGCAUCCGGCGGCGCUCUACUUCCUCGUCAUCUGCUGCUCGAUGGCUGCUGCGACGCAGGGAAUGGACGAGUCGGUCAUCAACGGCGCCAACUUGUUCCUCGGACCGCAGCUCGGCCUCAACACUUCUCGCGGCAGCCCGGAUGCUGGAAAGAACCAGUGGAUCCUCGGUCUCGUGAACGGAGCUCCCUACCUGUGCUGCGCCGUGCUCGGUUGCUGGCUUACCGCUCCGGUCAACAAAGUCUUGGGAAGGAAGGGUGCCAUGUUCCUCGGCGCCUUCAUCUCUUUCGCCGGAUGCCUCUGGUCGGCGUGCACGAACUCGUGGGGACACCUCCUGGGCGCCCGUUUCUUCCUCGGCAUCGGUAUCGGUAUCAACUCUGCCACGGUCCCUGUCUUCGCUGCUGAGACUGCGCCGCCUUUGAUUCGCGGCGCCCUCGUCAUGCAGUGGCAGGUCUGGACCGCGUUCGGCAUCAUGCUCGGCACGGUCUCCUCGCUCGCCUUCUACCACGUCGCCGACCCCAGCAGCGCCCACAUCACCGGCUUGAACUGGCGCCUUAUGCUUGGCUCCGCCCUUCUUCCCGCUCUGCUCGUAAUGUUGCAGGUCCCCUUUAUCCCCGAGAGUCCUCGCUGGCUCAUCGGUCGCGGCCGCUACGUCCAAGCCUUCGAGUCGCUCUGCCGCAUCCGUUACACCAAGCUCCAGGCCGCACGCGACCUCUUCUUCAUCAACGCCCUGCUCGAGGAGGAGGCCUCGGUCUCUACCGGCAAGUCGGCCAUUGUCGAGCUCUUCACGGUCGCCCGUAACCGCCGUGCCGUGCAGGCUUCGUCUAUCGUCAUGUUCAUGCAGCAGUUCUGCGGCAUCAACGUCAUCGCCUACUACUCGUCCACCAUCUUCCGUGAAGCCGGCUUCAGCGAGAUCAGUGCUCUCGGCGCAUCACUCGGCUUCGGUACUUUGAAUUGGGUGUUUGCCGCCCCAGCCGUCUGGACAAUUGACACCUUCGGUCGCCGCACUCUCCUCCUCACGACCUUCCCCCUCAUGGCCCUCUUCCUCCUCAUGACCGGUCUCGCAUUCUACAUCCCCGACUCGAGCAAGGCUCACAUCGGCGUCAUCGCCCUCGGCAUCUACCUUCACUGCAUGGCUUACUCGCCCGGCGAGGGUCCUGUUCCCUUCACCUACUCGGCCGAGGCCUUCCCCUUCUACGUUCGCGACGUGGGCAUGUCGUACGCGACCGCCCUCACCUGGACCUUCAACUUCAUCGUCGCUCUCACGUUCCCUCGCCUCCUCGACGCCUUCACUCCGACCGGCGCUUUCCUCUGGUAUGCCGGCUGGAACGCCAUCGGCUUCCUCCUCGUCCUCCUCUUCGUCCCGGAGACCAAGGGUCUCUCGCUCGAGGAGCUCGACCAGGUCUUCUCCGUCCCGACUUUCAAGCACUCCGCCUACCAGCUCGGUGCUCUCGGCCACAACUUCCGCAAGUACAUCCUCCGCCAGCGUGUCGAACCGUUCCCGGCUCUCUACGCGUGGGACGAUGCUACGAUCGCAAAGGCGUGA